AUGUCAAUUUCAGAAGCUGAACAAGUAUUCCAUUGUGUGUACCAAAAGUACCGCGAAUUCCAAUUUAGAGAAACUAAAAAUCUCACCCAAGAAUCAAUGACUGAUGACCAACGGAAACAUAUCAACUAUAUCUCUUAUAUUGAUCUUUAUCUUGCUCGUAUCAAAGAAAUUAAUGAUUCUAUUGCAGACCCACCUAAAAAUAAAACAAAUGCUACACCCCAACCAGUCGAUACACAAAUGGUUUAUAAUGCAAAAUCACCAGGACCAGUGAUGGCAUGUUUUAGUGCAAGACAUCCUGAUUUGCCUGAUUUGGAUGUAAUGAUUAUAACUCAACGACAUUUUGUUGAAACUGUGGAAGCUAUUACUGAAAAAACUUUUUUGGAAAAUUUAUCAUCAUUUGAACCUCCUCAUUGGCUUAAUAUUAUGUGCAAACCAUUGUAUAAUUGGCGGCUAAAACAUAAUUAUAACAAAAUAUUGAAAUUUGUUACAAUCUCUUUACAUAAUGAAUUGCAACAUGAUCCAAAUAUGGCACUUCAAGUGGUAGAUGAUACACUAUUAUUCCCAGGUUCAGAGUUUGCAGGAUUGGAUGAUGAUGGAAAUCCGUUAAUGAAGGUAGAUGAGAGUGCACAUUGGGAUAUGAAGAAGGAAAUAGCUAAUAUGCGUGAGUUAAGGUUGGCCAGAAUGUCUAAGGAAGAUAUUGAAGAAGAAAAACGAGAAAAGGAAUUAUUGUUGAAGAAUAAGAAGAAUAAAAAUAAAGAAGAAAAAGAAGAAGAAAAAGAAGAAGAUGAAGAAGAUGAAGAAGAAGAAGCUAAUGAUGAUGAUCAUCAUACUUUACAUGAACAAACUUCAAGUGUAAUAGAUGAAUUAUCACCUGCAAUUAGUGAGGCAACUAAAGUAUCUUUGGAAGGUGUUAAGGAGGGAGAAUCAGAUAAAAAGGCUUUGGAAAGUGUCAAGGAGGAAGAAUCAGAUAAAAAGGAUUUGGAAAAUUCUAAAAAGGAACCAGUUUCAAAGUCUUUAGCUGAAGUUAGAGCGAUUCUAGGAAAAUGA